AUGGGCUCUGUAGAAGUAGCAGCAGCAGCAGCAGCAAGUGUUUCUACCAUUUUGUAUGAUGAUGGAGGAGCUGGUUCUGUUUCUGCUGGUGGAGAAGUUGGUUUAGUUGCUGCUGGUGGAGUAGUUGUUUCUGAUAUUACUGGUAAAGGAGUUGGUUCUGCUACUGCUGGUGUGGGAGAUGGCGCUGCUGCUGUAGAAACUGGUUCUUCUGCUGGAGGAGCUGCUUCUGCUGUUGCUGGUGGUGUUUCCUCUGCUACUGCUGGUGAAGGAGAUGGUGUUGCUGAUGUAGGAGCUGGUUCUAAUGCUGGAGGAGUUACUUAUGCUGUUACUGAUAGUGGUUCUUCUGACACUGAUGUUGAUUCUACUGCUGUUAGUUUUGCUGCUUUACGUACUUCUGCUGUAUUUUCUGUUACUGUAUCUAAUACUGUAUUAGUCAUUCUUGGAAAUACUUUCUGUGAUGAUGAUACGGGCACCUCUGAUGAUGUUGUUGGUUAG